ACUUUGUACACUACCUAUGGCAUCCGCACAAAAUAAACCCAAUCGUUUUCCCCCACGCGGCAACCUUUCUUCUUUACUGAUUCUCAUUCUCGAUUUCUCGUCUGUCUCGUUUUCCGGUGCCUUCGCGUCGCUCUGAAUGUCAUCGGCGGCGAGAACUCCCGGUGGCGAGGAGGGAAAGCACUACCCUGCUCCACUCGCCCCUCACGAGGGCGUCGUGAAGGACUCCACUCUCUUCUGGGACACUCUAAGGCGCUUUCACUUUGUUAUGGGUACCAAAUUUAUGAUUCCUGUGAUUGGAGGGAAGGAGCUGGAUUUGCACGUUCUUUACGUGGAAGUUACGAGAAGAAGUGGCUACGAGAAGGUAGUUGCAGAGAAGAAGUGGAGGGAAGUUGGUAGUGUUUUCAAGUUCGCAGCUACCACCACCAGCGCUUCUUUUGUACUCAGGAAACACUACUUUAGUCUUCUUUAUCAUUAUGAACAAGUUCACUUCUUUAAAGCUCGGGGUCCUAUCUACACUCCAUCAGCAGAUGCAUUUUCCGGCAACAGCCCUUCGUGGAGACCUGAAUUAGCUAUUGUGGAAUAUUCGCCUAAGCCUAUGGAUAAUAGUCCUGAAUCUCGUGCUGAAGAUACUUCAUGCCUUUCAGGAAAUGGAACCAUCGAGGGAAAAUUUGACUGUGGUUAUUUAGUGUCCGUGAAGCUUGGUUCGGAGGUUCUUAGAGGGGUGCUUUACCAUCCUGAGCAAUUGGUUCCUCCACCAUCGAUUCCAAAACAUGAGAGUGCCAUUGUACCAAUCAACCGCAAACCUCACCGUUCUGGUCGUAGGAAGAAAAACAAAAGAAGGUGGGACCCCAAUUAUCCAAAGCCGAAUAGGAGUGGCUAUAACUUCUUCUUUGCUGAAAAGCAUUACACUCUCAAAACUCUCUACCCAAACAGAGAAAGGGAGUUUACCAAAAUGAUUGGCCAGUCAUGGAACAGUCUUAGCCCAGAAGAAAGAAUGGUUUAUCAGAACAUUGGCUUAAGAGACAAAGAAAGGUACAAGAGAGAAUUGACGGAGUACAAAGAGAAGAUGAAGCUUAGGCAGACCUCAGAAGUUGGACGUCCAUAGAAUCUCAUUGGUACCCGUUUGUGGAGGCGAAAGAAUGGCUUAGAAAAUUUUUAUAAUCUGUUGACUUUUACGUGCAUAUUGUUGUGGAUAAUGGUCCACUGGACUGUGGUCUACAGAACUAUUGUUUUUUUCUUUUCAAAAGAGAAAACUAGUGUCUAUUGUUAGUCAGAGACCCUUUCAUUUCGUUUAAUCAAUUAAUUAUCCUCCCAAGUUUGUUCUCUGUA